CGCUAAGGAUUGGUUGAAUUCACCGCUAGGAGACCAGUAUGUUCGAAAACAAAUAGAGUACAGAAAAAUUGUUGAUAUUUUCUACGGGAAACUCUUCACUUGAUUUCGUUUUAUUUUAUUAUCAUAUUUUUUUGCACCAGACACGCAAAAUGAAGGAAUAUGACCGCAGCUGGACUGGCUUUCCUAGCCAACAGGAAGAGCUAGCUUGCUAGCUUUAAAACCAAUUUCACUACGGACAAAUCGAUAAGACAUUUGAAGAAAAGCCCGUCAGCAUGUUGAUGGUGGGUGACCAUGGAGGGAUCCAAUAGAAUGAGUGUGAGAGAGCUUUGCGAGACAGAUGAUUUGGCAACGAGUCUGGUGCUGGAUCCCUUACUGGGGUUCAGCACCCACAAGAUGAACAUAAGUCCUCCUCCAGAGAUCCGGCGAUGGGGCUACCUCAGAGAGACCCUGUUGCGUUUCAAACGCACGCAUGACUUCCAGGUUACAUUCGAUGCUCUGUUGGAUGGAGAAUGGGUCAGUGAGUAUUUCACUGUGCUGGGUUCACACCGACAGGAACUGUUGAAGCAGCAUAUGUAUCGCUAUAUGAAAGCUUUUCUGUUGGACAGCGGAGUGAAUAUCGAGCCGUGUAACCGCUAUUCCUCAGAGACUAAUGGAGCUAAAAUCACAGUCACUCGACAAUGGAGUGUGGGAGAGCGGGUGGAGGUACUUCAGGGUUGCAUAGCUGAGCUGAGCCCUGAAGAUAGUGCAGUGCUGAGGGCAGGAGUCAACGACUUCAGUGUCAUGUACUCAACACGCAAGAGAUGUGCGCAGCUUUGGUUGGGGCCUGCUGCCUUCAUCAAUCAUGAUUGCAGACCGAACUGUAAGUUUGUCCCAGGAGAUAAGAAUGGAGCUUGCGUGAAAGUGGUUCGACCCAUCUCACCAGGCGAAGAGAUUACCUGUCACUAUGGGGACAGCUUUUUUGGGGAGAAUAACGAAAUGUGUGAAUGUUGCACGUGUGAGAGGAGAGGAGAAGGAUCAUUUAAGAAGAGAGAGAAGUCACCAGACUUGGUUUGCUCCAAUGAUCCACUGGGUCAGAAAUAUGAGUUCAGAGAGACUGAUCUGAGACUUAACAGAAAAAGGGGAAAUGGCGCUCCAAAGCCAUUUCUAACUGUAUCUAAUUCAGCCUUGCCAAUGAGGAAUACCUUUUCCCAACGGGCAAAGAGAAACGCCCUUGUUUUGAGCAAGAUGAGAAAGACUGAUAGGCGGAGAAGGGAGGAGCAAUGCAAACAGGUGGAAAAAAGAACACAAAACCUCCCAUCAUCUUUGUCUCACCUUGGACUCAAAGAGCUAAGUGUCUACCUCCAUCAACACACUGCAGAAUUUCUGUUUAGCUGCAAGGAUCCCACGAGCAAAGAAAGGGCACUACUAAACCGAAUUGAGAAAGAAAAACCAAAACCAGAGAGGAACGCACAGAAAAAUAACCUGGAUGGACAAGAGGAACGAAAGGAUGAAGACUUGUUAACUAAAGACCCCGUCAUUAGGUUUGAACCAUUUACACUUGGUUGUAUUUCUAGUGUCCGGGAAGGGGACGGCAUGACUGCCAAGGAAUGUAACGUUGAUUUAUCCGUCAGAAUUGUUCAUCAGAAGGCUGCUGCCUCAAGGACCAGGAAUAUGCUUUGUAGUCGUCUAAGGCGCUUCAGAACACGGAAUCGAUCUACAAUCUCCAGGUUCAAUAAAAGGAGGACCCGACUGAUCAUGCAAAAUUCCAGACUCGCUUCAGACAGAAAGGAAUGCUCUGGCUUUCAUGCCCGGCAAAAAGAAAGUGAGGCUGAGUGCAAAGACAUCGAUAAUCCUGCUUUAAGCUCUACAGGGAAACCAAGUACUGAUAAACGUAUACCUGUUGGAGAGGAAGGGAGUAAUGAUAAUAAAACAUCAAAAACAGAGCGCACAGUGAUGCAGCAGAGAUUCUUGACAGAUGGCCACAGGGAGGUUCCUGGCGGCAAGAGACACACAGACAGUUUCAGUGCUUCUAGGGAAGGUGAUGAUAGUUCUUGUGCAACAUCAGGGACCUCAGGGGACAACAGGCAAAACCAGCCACAAUCUGUCGCUUCUAGUACUGUAAAUAGUACAUCACCUCCAUUUGUUCAUAAUCCUGUAUCUCUUCUCUCAGGGUUAAAUCGUUACCUCAGAGUCAGUCUGGUCAGGGUACCUAUCCCUGGAGAACCGAAAGUUGAAAGCACAGGUCAGAGACAUGCAGACAGUGGGAGAGAUGAAAGUACAACACCAGCAGCCGAGUCAGUGCAGAAGAGUGUUAAAUUAGAUGGGAAAAAAGAAACCAGUAAACAAGGUAAGAAAGGAGUAAAGGAGAUGUAUUUCACACCAGUAAAUGUUAAAAGUUCAGAUAAGUUCUUGAAAGUAACAUGUAAUUUACUAACACAUUCUUCAGAUACCGACACAGAUACUAGGGUAAACACAGUUAAAGUACAACCAGUAGAGAAUGAACAUGUAGAUGUUUGUGCAAAGGCUCAUCAAAAUGUGAUUGAAAGUAACCAAGUUAGAGACACCAAUGUUAAUGUCACAAUUCCAGAUAGGGAUAGCAAUGUUAAUGUCACAGUUCCAGAUAGGGAUAACAAUGUUAAUGUCACAGUUCCUGAAAGGGAUAACAAUGUUAAUGUCACAGUUCCUGAAAGGGAUAACAAUGUUAAUGUCACAGUUCCAGAGGCUUCACAAGAUUCUAUGAGGUGUACUUUUAAGAAUGCUUUAAAGAAACGAACAAGAGCAUCCACAGACAAUAAACAACCAAGUGUUGAGAACAUGCCUGUAGUGCAGGAUAAAACUACCACAGCCACCCAGCAGGGAACAGUAAUUGUUGGGAGAGAAGAUUUGAAUAAGAAGGAACUAAUGGUGCUUUUUGGGAGCCGGACUGUUGUUUUUAAAGAGGCAAGGGUAGUGCUGUCAGAUCUUAGAAAGGGUUUGAGUGAUAAAUUUAGUCAGCUAGAUAAAAAUGUUAAUAAUCGCCAGCCUUCACUUGAAAACUCUCAAGACAUUGGUGCAGCUGAAAAUAUGAAGAUAUCAUCACUUGCUCACAAAGAUGAUAAACUCAAAACGAGAGCUAAGCAUCAUAAUCAGGACCUCACUUCAGCCAAUCAGCCAAAUAUACAUGAAAACACUCAAGCAUCUCAUAUGCCACAGUCAGAAAGCAUGUUGCUUUCGUCCGAGCCUAUCUCCAUGGGCAGGGUUUCUCUGGAUAACAGCCCCCAGAGCAGCAUUCCCCUAAAGAAACGUGCAUUUCGUGAAUCCGUUGAUACGGAGCCGGAUCAGGAUUGUAAUGUAAUAGCAGCAGCACAAUUGUGUACAGAUGCCGACAACAACAAAGACACAUUGGACAAUCUGUUACCAAAGCCAAGCGACAACAUCAGUUAUGAGACAACAGAACUGAAAUCUCCAGAAGCAGAAUCAAGUUUAAUUUUUAAACACAAUUUUGGUGUUGGAUCAGAAAAACAAGGUUCUUCCAGAACUUCAUCUAAACAGCUCUGUAAAGGUCUUCAGAGUCCUCAUUCUAGACCAGUGCAAGAAAAAGUGACAUCCCCUGCUUCCAAGGAUGAUACAAACAAUGUAUCUGUUGGAGAAAGAAAAAUCGGUCAACCUAAGAAUAAAACAUCUAAAAUUAAAGAAGAAAUGGUGGAGUGCCAGAAGAGUGAACGGAAGGAGGAACGAGACGAUACCUUAAGCCAUGAGGAAAACGUAGAAGAGAAAAGAGAACGUAUGAGAACUGAUAACGGAAAUGAGUCAUCUACCUCAAGUUUUUCUGACAAGAUGGAGGACGAACACAAGCAAAACUUCAGAAUCCGCCUUAAGAGGAAAAGGGGAAAAGAAUGGGAAAUGGAGAGUGCAGAUGAAGCUUGCAGUAGUGUGGAUGGAUUAAGCCCACAGCAAUGUUUUCCUGUAGUUGACCCUUUUAGGGCCAUAUUGGAUUCAGUCUCAAUUUUAAAUGCAGAAAUGGAAAGGAUUCGCGGUCAUGGGGAGGCAGAUAAGGGCAUCGGUUUGAAGAAAGCCACCAAAGCAGUUCAGGACGUCCUUGAGCAUUGCAGAAAGGAAUGCGCCACUAAACAAAGGACAGGUCAACAAAACUCUACAACGGUUUGCAUCAAGAAGGAAAAUGUUACCCCACUGAAGGAAGUCGUUCAAGAUGUGUUUGAUGUUAGAGAUGUGCAAAGACAACAAAAUGUGUCUGCCCUAAAAGUCGAGGCAGACAUCAAUGACAUUAAACAGUUACCUCCAAUCAAAUUGCGGAGGAGGGCUGAAGGCAAGUGGGAGGUAGAGUGGAAAGAAUCUCAGAAACAAGAUGGGAAUAUGAAAAACGAUUCCGUGCAUACACAGCCAAAGAAAUUAACAUCUGGCUCUUCUCAAAAGGCAUCACAUCAGCAGAUGCUGAACACCAGAGUUAAAGAGGAAACCCUGACUCCCUGCCAGGAACCAAUGAUGGCACGUAGUUGUGAGAAGAGUACAGAGGCCCUCAGGGAUCCACAUGGUUUUAAGACUUCAACUCUACCAUUAUCUCUUUCACCUCUGUCACUUUACUCGCCUUGCUAUGAUGGGCUAAGAGAAGGUAAUUAUAUCGGUGGCGGUAUUCGAGCAAAAGAGGACGGUAAAGAGCAGACAUUGGAGAAAAUUGACAGAAAUGAUCGAGGAAAAGAAAGCAACGAGGUAUCCUUGAGUCACAACCUGUUUCAGAUUAAUAAAAGUCUGUCGAGACUACAGGCUCUGACCCAGCCACAUGUAUCUGAGAAUAAUGUGUCUACCAAUAUAACCUCUUCUGAGAUUCAGUCUCCUCCCAUCUCUCCCUUUACCACAGACUGCAGUUUUAGUAACUAUUCAGAUGUCGUCCUUGACUUUCCAUGUUUGAAUCUAGACGGCUAUGAACAAAUUGCAGCACAAAACAGCUUGGCCAGCUCAUUAAUAGAUUACUGUCCUGGUGAACCACAUAGCACCGGGUCCUUCAACAGCCCCUUCUCUCAAAGCCCCACUGAUGGAUGGAAUCCGGAGACCCCUUACUUAGGAUCACCAAGCCCAGAGAGUAACUUUAGUAACGGAGACGAUCUUAGCUUCCCAGACCUUGUCUUUGCGCAAUCUGACACGUCAUCAUCUAGCAGUGCUCCUAACCUGCUCUUCAAAGAUAAAUUAUGUAAUGCAGCCAUGAGUUCUGCUCCUCUUCAAGACUUGUACUUGGCUGAUGUUGACUUUUCAAAAGGUUCAGAGGUACACCAGGAUGAUUCAGCAACCCAGUUUCUACGCAAGGACUCGAUCAUUUUUAAUAACACAGCUUCAAACGUAAAACAGUCAGUACACCCAACUGCACGUUCACAGGAUAAAAAGUUAAACAUUUUUGAUUGUCUUGUUAGCACAAAGAUUCUAUCGUCCGAAUCAGGCUUUCCUAAAAUGGAUGAUAAAGCUCAUGGAACUCUCAGCAUGCCCAGCUUGAAUAAUAAACCCCAAUCUGGUUUACUCAGGCAGUCAACACAAAGCCUGUCUGGAGCAGGACCUCAGAGUAACCUUGUCACACCCUUCCAUUCCCUUCACGUAGGAAAUAAGUCCACCACACAUGCUGACUUCCUAGAGGCGUUCAACUCUGGUAAUUCACUUUUUCGUGACAGGAAACACCCUUUUUUCCCCAGCUCCAAGAAUGUUUUGAAAACAGAGGGAGGUUUGAAUCCUUCUAUAGUUUCUGUGGCUGCAGGCAGCCCCAUAUCUAACGACAGCAUGGAUAACACCUUCACCUAUUCCCCAGGGCCAUCGAGUUUGCACGGUGGAAAAGAUUCUUCAUGUCCUAAUAUUGGAUUAUCUAAAUUAACCGAAAAUUGCUCUAAGAACGCCCCAUCGAAACAGUACUCUGCCAAUCCCCGUCAGCAAAACGAUCACAUUCACCCGGUUUAUUUUGUUAGCUCCAGCAAAACCACAAACUCUUUUAAGAACAUUGCAGGUGUAAAGCCCCAAAUCCCAAAAAAUGACCCUUCCUUGCCCUCAUUUUUGUUUUCCUCUUCCCAAAGUUCUCAGUUUUACAACGUACCACAAAGCAAAAUCCCCAAUUCGGGGAAACCCCAUGCUGUUGUGGCUCCAACUCAAAACGUGAAGCUUUCUGGAGGGUCUCAACCUAAUAAGAAUGGGUUGGGUCAAAAUGUCGCUCACUGUGAUCAUGCUACUGAGUUCAACUUCAGCUCGACCCGGUCACCUCCUUUAUCACAGCACAGCAGUCCUCAACUAGGAUACAAAGAGUCAAACCAUGGGGUCCCAGUGAUUAAAACCACAUUUGAACACACUCAACCUUCUCACCAGUCUUACGUUGUAAACUUUACUGGAGAUCAUUCUCUUACUCUGGGCUACGGCAAUGAUGGCGAAUGCUUGAAUUACUCUGGAUCGGGACCUGCAAAUUACACUUACCAUUGUCUCAUGGAGCCUUCAGGGACCCAAGGAAGGCUGGUCGUUGAAGCAUGUGGUUCCUCAAACUUCUCACAGUCUCCCUCUGUGGGUAAGAGUGCAGGGUCUAAAGUCAAUGGAGGCCAAAAUGGUAAAGAUGCACCGCAACAGGGCCAGUCUGGAACUCACCCAUAUAAUUCACUGCACUUCUCCACCUCCACCUCCCACUCACAAAAUACUACCAUAACCGAUCGUAAGCCUAAGAGACUGAGGCUUGUGGUUACUGACGGUACAGUAGAUCUGGACCUACAAUAUACAGAUUGAUAAUGACCAUUUGUUGUUGCAAUGGUAUUUAUUUAAAACAACUUUAAUGUGAUAUGUCUUUUUGUCUGUUUUCAUUAAACGUUUUUGGCAUUAUCUAAAAAAACCUGUUUUUGCCAUCAAAAUAAGAUUUUGUUUGAAAAUUGAAGAUACAUAUUUUAUUAAUAAAUCUGCUGAAUUAUUAUUUGUAUUCUACAUUUAUAAUGUUUUCUGUUGAUAAUAUUAUUUUUAAGAAUAUAUAUCCUCACACAGUGGAUUUUGUUAGUAUUACAAAGGAAACUACAUCUUGUGAUUAUCCUGUAGUACAUAAGUCUUUCCACAUGAUGGUGAUGUGGUGCUCCACAAUGUGGAAAAUCUCUUUUCCCUCCUAGCGUUUUCAUUUAAGUUAAAUUGCAGUUGUUGAAGAUGUAACCAGAAAUUUGAAGCACAUAAGGCAACAUGCUUUAGUAGAUUUGUUUUUUUCUAUGCCCAUCUGUCAAACGAAAUAAGGGUAUGCAGUAAAACAUUGUUUUUAGGAGGUAUCAGGUUUCCGAUAUUUGGCUAAGGAUGAUUCAUGUGUGCCAGAACACUGUACUGCUACAAUAAGCUAAAACAAUAAAUACAAAAUUGCUGUUUUUACUAGACCUGUAAUGUUACUUAAAUAACAAUUAAUCAUCUACAAGCACAUUAUUAGAACACCCAUAUGAUUUGACAUUUGAUGAAUAUUAGCAUCAAAUAAUUUAUGUCUGUGUCAGUUUUUGUUUUUGUUUAAUAGGUGUGACUAUGGUACAUUGGGGCACAAUUGUUUAAUUUAUUAUUUACCACUUGUGUUACUUAAAAAAAAAUGUUUAAAGCCGAUCUGUGAUCAGAUUCUACUAGCUAGAAUACUGUCAUGUUUCGGCGCUCUGUAGGUCACCUUCAUUCAAAGCCAGACAUCACUUGCUGACCCUAUGUAAGCGUUGAUUAAUUUCCACUCAGAUUUAAUGAUUGCAGAUAUGCACAUUUUUUUGAUGUACUUGUAUUCAGCCUUGCCUUGGUCUAUAAAAAGCCAGUGUAUUGUAUUUAUUUCAAUAUGUUUAUAACAUGGUGCUUAAAUGUAACAUUUUGUUUUUUGAUCGAUCCGAACAGAAUAUAUUUUACUCUGUUUUUAAAAUCUAGAUCUAAAUGUCUAAUGUCUCAAGUCUAGACAUAAUUACAUUCUGGUACGUCUUGUAUAGCCAUCUUGUUUGUUACUUAGAGAGUUUGAGACACAAUUUUAAAUUGUAAUUGUUCUGCUGUACAGUUGUAAAAAUAUGAAAACAUUGCAAGUAAAAUGAUUUUAAAACUA